AUGGGACGUUCCCGUCUCCUUGUCAAGAGUCGUUUUGUACGGCAUGGUCUUCCGUUCAUCACUUUAAUCGUGGGUGGUUCCUUUUUACUUAAAGAAUACGCAACUUUGAGGUAUCAGUUUAGGAAAUCGGAAAUCACAUCUGCUAAGGAAAUCGCCGAAAAAACAGGAAUUGAAGCUAAAGAGGAACCAGUAACACUUGAGAAAAUCUACGACGAAAUGAAAAAGGAGGAUCUUGAUACUUGGGAGAACAUUCGAGGGCCUCGACCUUGGGAAGAUUCGAAAACAGUACAAGAUCUACAAAGGGGAAAGGCCAGUUCUUGA